UUGAAGAGGUUGAAAAUCUUUUCUAGCCAAGCGAUGAAACCGUUGACAUGGGGCGUGUACCAGCCCAAGAUAGAGGUUGUCUACACCUGUCGUGCAAAGCUGCAAGAAACAAAGAGAUGCAACACCGUCUCCUCGGAGCAUUGGCACAACGGGCAUAUAUUUUGAAUCGGCAUCCCUUUACGUGCAAGAUUAUCUAGCACCGGCAUUAUGUUAUUUGCAGCCCGCCAGAUGAGAUUACGAAUAGUAGGUGUGGUGUGGACUUGCCAGAGUUUCCUCCACACUGAUUUCGAGCUGCUGUCAUUGACCACACUCUCAUCCCAUGUUAGCAUACGAUAUGCACUCUUAACCGAAUACAAACCUGACUUGUCCCUAGCCCAAAUGAGCUUGUCAACUUGGGCAGAGUCGGCAGCCUCUCCUCUCAGCGCCGCCCCCCCUCAGCGCCGCCAUUUCCUCUCUGCCCUCUCCAGCACCGACGCCGUCCCUGCCGUGCGUCUCUCUCCCUCGGCGACAGCUUCUCCAGCGCCUCCUCUCUUCUGCCGCGCUGUCACCAUGUCCGAGAAGAACCCCGCCUCCGAGAAAUCUGCCACCACGCCUCCCUCCACUCCUCACUUGGCGUUCACAACCAUCUCUAACGUGAAGCUUCAUGUCCCGAUCCUCUUGGAGCUUCUCCGAGCCGAACUACAGAAAGUGGAUCUGCUUGUUCCUACUCUUGAUUCUGCGAUGGAACUCUGGAAAUCUAUUCACUCUCUCUUCCACGACAACAAACCUGCCCGGGCAAUGCAAUUGGAGCACCAAUUCUGGACCAUGACGAAAGGCUCACUCACCAUGUCGGCCUAUUGUCAAAUCCUCAGAAACUUAGCCGAUUGGUUGGACGAUGUCGAUGCCCCGGUCUCAAAACAACAACUAGUGCUACAAGUCCUUCGGGGGUUACCAGACGACAUACGCAAUCAAACGUCCUUCCUCCAGUUUCAAACGCUGGCCCCGAAUUUCUUUAAACCCGAUCGGUGCUCCUCCUCAUCGAGCGUCAACAGUCGGACCUGGGCAGCGCUGAUCACUCCUCAGGCACGACCCUUCUCUCGGCCGGAAACCCUGGCGCCAUCUUCCACAGCCCCACUGGUGGAGGACGUGGGCUCCACAGCACUAGCAGCGGCCGAGGACAGCAGCAACCUAGCAGCGGCAGUGGCCGUGGCGGCCACUGCAACUGCUGUCGAGGUUGAAGCUUAGGGUCGAAUCCCCGCACCACCCACGGACAGCCCUGAAAGUCACCAAACCCCAGGCCCUAUCCCGGCCUUCUCGGCCCCAGG